AUGACCAAACAAUCUCUCUUAGUUCCUACUCAAGAUGACUAUGAUGACGCUCACGCUGAUACUGAAGCUGAAUUAAAGUACCACGAAACUUUUAGAACAUUCCUUAAGGACGAAAAGGAUGAGAACGGAAACUGGGUCUACCCAUGGUCUUUUGAAGUAGUUCAAGGGUUUUUCAAACAAUCAGAUCCUGCUACCAACGAUUUGAAAUUCAACUAUGCCUGGGAACACAUGGGCCGUUUGAAAUCAUGGGAAGAUAUAAUUUCUGAAUUGAAAGAACUCAACGACAACGCUAAUGAGAAUGAAUCUUAUAAAUUAAUCUUUUGUGCUAGACAUGGCCAGGGGUAUCAUAAUCUUAUUGUUCAAAAAUAUGGUAUUCAAGCUUGGAUUGAUAAGUAUCACGCAUUAUCAACUGAUGGAGAAUAUACUUGGGCUCCAGAUCCAAAUUUGACCGAGACUGGUGUCAAACAAUCGGAAGAAAACAACGAACUUUGGAAACAAGAGUUGAGUUUGGGUGCUCCUAUGCCUAGUAAAUUCUUUGUUUCUCCUAUGCAAAGAUCCAGUAGAACAUUUGUCAACACAUGGGAUGAUAUCAAGCCAAAAGAUGUGCAUCCGGUGGUCAAAGAAAAGAUUAGAGAAACUCUUGGAAAGAACUUAUGUGACCAAAGAUCACCAAAGCGUGUUAUCGACGAAAGAUUUGGUAAGUAUGGAUUCAUUACUGAUGAGUUGGUUGAAGAAGAUAUUUACUUUACUGAGACUAGAGAAACUAUGGUUGAACAAUCAAUUAGAGUCAACCAAUUCGUGCAAGAAUUAUUUGAAAGUGAUGUAACUAAUGGUAUCGUUGAUAAAGAAAAGAAGCAAGCUCACACAUUUAUUUCAACUACUUCACACGCAGGAACAAUCAGAUGUUUUAUCAAUGUUUUCCAACAUAGACAUUUUACAAUCUCAACUGGUGGAAUGAUCCCAAUUGUAGUUAAGGCAACCAGGAGGCUGGACUAA